AUGUGGCGCACGUCGAUAUCUACUGGUACAUUGGCAGUCGUCUGGACAUCGCACCAUCCAAGCUUCCUCAUUUGUCCAGUCCCUUGCGCGGCUCCAGCACUGUUCAAUAUCGUUACCACUUCAACACCGGUACGGCGCACACAAUUCUAUCUUCCGUUCGAGCUGACCAAUUCUGUUAUAGUCACUUUCUCCUACACCACUGCGUUCUGGAAAUGGGAAGAAUGGGAGACCCAGCUAGAUUGGAUGGCUCUCCACGGGAUCAAUCUUCCGCUUGCCUGGGUUGGCCAGGAGAAAAUCCUCGUCGAGGUGUUUCGUGAGAUUGGCCUCACCGACGCAGAGAUUGCAACCUACCUAAGCGGUCCUGCUUUCCAAGCCUGGAAUCGGUUUGGGAACAUUCAGGGCUCGUGGCAUGGCGAUUUGCCUCAGACGUGGAUCGACCAGCAGUUCGACCUCCAGAAGAAGAUUGUACACCGCAUGGUGGAGCUGGGCAUGACCCCAGUAUUGCCAGCAUUUACAGGAUUUGUGCCCAUGAACAUCACGCGCGCUUUACCCGGCGCGAGUGUUGUUCGUGGAUCUCAAUGGAACGACUUCCCUGCCCAAUACACCAACGACUCGUUCCUUGAGCCAUCUGAUCCUCACUUUGCGAAGCUUCAGCGCAGCUUUAUCACCAAGCAGAAGGCCGCGUACGGCGAUAUCAGCCAUAUCUACACGCUGGACCAGUACAAUGAAAACAAUCCCUACUCGGGAAAUGAGGACUAUCUGCGUAACGUCACCAGCAACACAUUGAAAAGUCUAAAGGCAGUCGAUCCAAAGGCCAUCUGGAUGAUGCAGGGCUGGCUGUUCUAUAACAGUGCCGAUUUCUGGACUGAUUCGCGAAUAAAGGCCUAUCUCUCCGGCGUGGAAGACAACAAGGACAUGCUGAUUUUGGACCUGUUCUCUGAGUCAAAUCCUCAAUGGCAGAGGACGGAGUCGUACUAUGGAAAACCGUGGAUCUGGUGCCAGCUGCAUGACUUCGGUGGCAACCAGGGAUUGUACGGCCAAAUCCGUAAUAUCACACAGAACGCUACUCAGGCGCGAAUUGAGUCCCCUUCAAUGGUUGGGUAUGGCCUUACCCCAGAGGGUCAAGAAGGUAAUGAGAUCGUGUACGACAUUCUGCUGAAGCAGGCAUGGUCUCAGACCCCUCUUGACACCAAGGAGUAUUUCCACAAUUGGGUGACAAGUCGGUAUGCUGGUGAGAAAUCGAUUCCGCAGGAACUGUACGAGGCCUGGGAGAUUCUGCGAACGACAGUUUACGACAACACCAACCUCACAUCUGCCCUUUCCGUGACAAAAUCCAUCAUUGAACUCCGGCCUUCAAUCGAGGGAUUGCUCGGUGUGGCCAGUGGCACGACUAUCAACUACAAGCCCUCUGAACUCGUUCAGGCGGGGGACCUGAUGUACCGCGCUGCCACCGCAGAGCCCGGACUGUGGACAAAUCCAUCGUACAAGUAUGAUAUGAUUGAUGUGACCCGUCAAGUUAUGGCGAAUCAUUUCGUCACGAUGUACAAUCAGCUGCUAUCUACUUACGAAGGCCCAACCUCAAAUUCAUCCAAGACCGCCUUAUCACAAGAGAGCCAGGCGAUCAUCCGAUUUCUCAUGGACUACGACGCUGUUCUCCAAACUGACCGGAAUUACCGCUUCUCUACAUGGAUUGAGGCUGCCCGCUCCUGGGCGCAGGGCAACAAUGAAACGGCCUCUUUCCUUGAAUACGAUGCGCGUAACCAGAUCACACUGUGGGGACCCCUCGGCGAGAUCACCGACUAUGCCUCCAAGGCAUGGGGCGGCCUCGUCUCUUCGUACUAUAUCCCACGUUGGCGUACGUUCAUCGAAUAUCUCCAAACGACCCCGUCCAAAUCAUACGAUGACCAGAUGCUAAAUGCGUUGCUGAUGGACCUGGAACUUAAUUGGCAAACACAGAAAUGGGAUGACCCUGAGCCUACAGGCGAUGCAGUGGAUCUCAAGAAGGUUUUGGCGACUGUACGCCAUCACUGGCCUGCUGUCUUCGCAGCAAAUUGA